AUGUCUUUCGAGCAAGACCGUCGCAGCAUUUACGAACGUCGCCGCAACAUACUUUACCUUGUGGCCAACUAUUUAUCCUCCAUGGGGCUGCACCAAACACGCCAGACAUUAAUCGACGAGACGCAUUUAACGGCCGAAUACGAAGUGUGUGAUAACAUCGAUCUCGAUACCAUGUAUCAAGAUUUCUGUAGCUACUUUCUGCUCAAGUUUGGCAAGCAGCCGCGUAUCGUGAAGCGUACCGAUUCGAUUGGCCCACUGCCAACGGCACACCGGAAGCUGUCCGGAGCGAGACGUAAACCACCGCAACCUUCGCAGCUGAAACCAGAUUCGCUUGCAGCGGCCGGUGACCUUCAAUCGGAGCUUCAAUCGCUACGAAUAACACCCGGUAUACUACCGGCCGGCAAUCCAACCGAUCACAGUGAAGGCCCAAACCCCCCGGUCGUACCGUACGCUAACCCGAAACUAUUGGUACGCUUGCAGGACCAUUUCACCAGCGAAUGGAAGGAUCUGGCGGAGGAAGUCUGUAGGGAUUUAAUCCGCAAGGACCUACGCCAGCACUGGUCGAACGUGAAAGGGCUCGAGGGUCCAAUCAAGGUGCUGAAGGAGAGUGUCAUCGCACCGCUCGAACAUCCGGAGCUGUUCGUGGGGUUAGCUCAACCUUGGCGCUGCGUGCUGUUGCACGGUGCCCCGGGAACCGGGAAAACCCUACUAGCCCGUACACUAUGCUCCGAGACCCGUGAAUCGGUGACAUUCUUCAGCACCACGGCCAGCACGCUCAUAUCCAAGUGGCGAGGCGAAUCGGAAAAGUUGAUCCGCGUACUAUACGAGGUGGCCAAGUUUUAUGCCCCCUCCAUUAUCUUUGUGGACGAGUUUGAUAGUUUGGCCUCGCGGCGGGACACUAUUCGAGAGCAUGAAGCUUCAAAGCGAUUUAAAAAUGAGUUCCUUUCGCUGAUCGAUGGGCUGGAAAGUGCUGCAGCUAACGAACCAACCACGGCCACCGAUGGUCGUGAUCGGGUAUUCCUGUUGGCCAGCACCAAUCUACCCUGGGAAUUGGAUCCGGCUUUCUUGCGCCGUUUUGAGCGCAAAAUUCUUAUCGAUUUACCGACGCCCGAUGGAAGGAAGGAACUGAUUGAGCAUCUACUGCCGAUCGUUACCACAUGGCCAGAGCAGGAGAUACAGCAAAUUAUCUCCCUAUCCGAAGGUUGGACCGGGGAUGAAGUUCGGCUCGCCUGCAAGGAAGCUUCCAUGAUGGUGCUGCGAAGUAAAUUAAACGAUCGGCGGCCAAUUUCGGGCCGUGUUGAACGGGAAGAGAUUCAAUUUGUGAUGUUGCGCAAAGCUUUCGAACAGUUGCGUCCCGGAUGUGUGGAGCUGGCACAGAAGCAUCGCGAGUGGAGUCAAAGUUACGGUACACAGUUGGUUGAAUGA